AUGGUAGAUCCGGCGAAGAUUGAGACUAUUCGUGGUUGGGCUAGGCCUACCUCAAUUACUGAGAUUCGGAGCUUCGUCGGACUAGCAGGCUACUACAGACGAUUUGUGGAGGGUUUCUCUACCUUGGUACCACCUCUGACUCGGUUGACUCAUGUUGAUGUUCCCUCUGUUUGGUCAAAGGAGUGUGAGGCAAAUGUGGUAGCGUACACCCUAAGCCGAAAGGCGGUGAGUAUGGGUAGUCUAGCCUUCUUAUCUGUUGAGGAGCGACCCUUGGCUAUGGACAUUCAGUUCUUAGCCAAUAGUAUGGUUCAGUUGGAUAUCUCAGAUCCUAGACGUGUCUUGACCCAUAUGGGAGUUCAGUCUGCCUUGAUUGAUAGGAUCUGCGGUUGUCAGUUUGAGGAUGAGGCCUUGGUGGGCCUUAGAGAUCGAGUGUUAGCGGGUGAUGGUGGUCAGGCUACCUUAGAUCCUGAUGUAGUGUUGAGAUUCACCGGCCGCAUCUGUGUUCUAAGAGUUGGGGAUAUGAUACAGUUGAUACUUUCUGAGGGCCAUGAGACUAGAUACUCUAUCCAUCCGAGCAUAGCGAAGAUGGAUCGUGAUUUGAGGCAGCAUUACUGUGGAGUGGCAUGA